AGAAGCAUUUUGGAGAUAGCUCUUAAAGAUGUAUACUUGUGGCCAUCCACCUUUUGGCUAUGGCGCGAGUAGGUGUACCAGAUCUCCACAUUGCCCCCGUUCUUCAAUACCUCUAAAUUUCUUCACCUACCACGUUAUUUAAUUUUAUUUUAAGUUUGAUUUUAGAGGUACAAAAGAGAGCAGAGUGGCUGCUUUGUUCUGUGCUGUUAACUCGUUAUCAAUAGCACAGUCACAGCAUCAAAACCCAAAGAUAAAAGGAAGGGGGACUUGUAAAACAGAUCUAGUGCUUCUCACUCUUCCACCCACUUACUGAUUCAGUUUCUUAUAUUUGACUGUAAACUUCAUUCUCGUUUCUAAUAAAUCUAAAACCUUUUUCUGCUCGAGGGUAAUUCUUUGGUAAUUGGUUACCAUGGAUUUGGAAUUCUUGCAAACACUUGAUGUUCAGAUUCUUGUAGGUGCAGCUGUGGCUAUUUUAGCCAUCGUUAUUGGUGCUAUUUUUCUCUUCUCCUCCAAAAAGUCUAAAGGCUGCUUAGAUCCUGAAAAUUUUAAGGAUUUUAAACUUGUGAAGCGCACUCAGCUAAGUCAUAAUGUGGCAAAAUUCACGUUUGCACUUCGUACACCUACUUCAGUCUUGGGCCUUCCAAUUGGACAACAUAUAAGCUGCAGGGGUAAGGAUGGCCAAGGUGAAGAGGUUAUUAAACCAUAUACUCCAACAACAUUGGAUUCUGAUGUUGGCCACUUCGAAUUAGUUAUUAAAAUGUACCCACAAGGAAGGAUGUCCCAUCACUUUCGAGAAAUGCGUGUUGGUGAUUAUCUUUCUGUAAAGGGACCCAAGGGGCGUUUUAGGUAUCAACCUGGCCAGGUUAGAGCCUUUGGAAUGCUUGCUGGAGGCUCAGGCAUUACUCCAAUGUUCCAAGUUGCCCGAGCAAUAUUGGAAAACCCAAAGGACAAGACAAAUGUGCACCUCAUUUAUGCCAAUGUUACAUAUGAGGACAUUCUUUUAAAGGAAGAAUUGGAUGGCCUUGCUUCUAAGUACCCUGCUCGCUUCAAAGUCUACUACGUUUUGAAUCAGCCUCCUGAAGUAUGGCAUGGUGGUGUUGGCUUUGUAUCGAAGGAAAUGAUUGAAAAGCACUGCCCUGCACCUGCAUCUGAUAUCCAGAUUUUGAGAUGUGGACCACCACCUAUGAACAAGGCCAUGGCUGCUCACCUCGAAGCUCUCGGCUACACAUCUGAGAUGCAGUUCCAGUUCUAAUCUUUCACGAGUUCGGGACCCCCAUAUGUACCUGGGGCACUAUUUAUCACUUGCGUGGAUUCAAUGAAUGAAAGACUACACUGCUCUUGUAUUUUGGUUCCUUAUCUCUGAAUGGAACUAUAUAGCAUCAGAGAAACUGAAAUGUAAACUUCCUUCCAGUGCUUUAAUUUUUGAGAGAAAUUUUCCGUUAUUUGCUUUGACUGGCAAUAGAUCCUCUUCUUUAAUA